GGGGCGGCCGCCGCCGGUGGGCUGCAGAUGAGGAGGAGGCGGCGGCCGCGGUGGCAGAAAAGGCGGCGGCGGCGGGGGUAGGGAGCCUGGAAACGCAAGCGGGGAUGGUAGGUAGUUUGGACCCGCCGGGCCGCCGUCGUUUCCAGAAAGGGUUUGACUGGAGGAACCUCUGGAGCAGCUGUUGUCUGGCUCCUCUAACUGAUGGCAUGUUGAAGUACAUGGGCCAGCGGCAGCGAGGGCAUCUGAUCCAGAGGGGGCCACUCUAGAGGCCAGGGUACCACCACCAUGGGCCAGUGUGUCACCAAGUGCAAGAAUCCUUCAUCAACUUUGGGCAGCAAGAAUGGAGACCGGGACCCCAGCAGCAAGUCACACAGCAGGCGGGGGGCUAGCCACCGUGAGGAACAGGUGCCACCUUGUGGCAAACCAGCUGGGGAUAUUCUUGUCAAUGGGACCAAGAAAGCAGAGGCUGCCACUGAGGCCUGCCAGCUGCCAACUUCUUCUGGAGAUGCUGGGAGGGAGUCUAAGACCAAUGCUGAGGAGUCUUCCUUGCAGAGGUUGGAAGAACUAUUCAGGCGCUACAAGGAUGAGCGAGAGGAUGCAAUUUUGGAGGAAGGCAUGGAGCGUUUUUGCAAUGACCUAUGUGUUGAUCCUACAGAAUUUCGAGUGCUGCUCUUGGCUUGGAAGUUCCAGGCUGCUACCAUGUGCAAAUUCACCAGGAAGGAGUUUUUCGAUGGCUGUAAAGCAAUAAGCGCAGACAGCAUUGAUGGGAUCUGUGCACGGUUCCCUAGCCUCUUAACAGAAGCCAAACAAGAAGAUAAAUUCAAGGAUCUCUACCGGUUUACAUUUCAGUUUGGCCUGGACUCUGAAGAAGGGCAGCGAUCACUGCAUCGUGAAAUAGCCAUUGCCCUGUGGAAACUAGUAUUUACACAGAACAAUCCUCCAGUAUUGGACCAGUGGCUAAACUUCCUAACAGAGAACCCUUCGGGAAUCAAGGGCAUCUCCCGGGACACUUGGAACAUGUUUCUUAACUUCACUCAGGUGAUUGGCCCCGACCUCAGCAACUACAGUGAAGAUGAGGCCUGGCCGAGUCUCUUUGAUACCUUUGUGGAGUGGGAAAUGGAGAGAAGGAAAAGAGAAGCAGAAGGGAGAGGUGCACUCAGCUCAGGGCCCGAGGGCUUGUGUCCAGAUGAGCAGACUUAGCUGCUCUGUUCCAGGAGCAGCACUGAGGAUCUGCCUGCUGCCCUGCAGCCAAGUGAGGAAUUGGACCUUUCUGGAAAUUACUGAAGAUCCGGAUAUUUUCUACUUUACACCUUUCUCUGCCUUGUAUUUGAAAGGGCUCUAAAAUGCUGUAUCAUGUUUUAGGCACUUUCUUCAUUUUUUUUUUUUUUUGGGUUAUUUUGGUUAUUUCUUUUUUGGGGUGGGAAAUCUCCCAAAAUAUUUGAACCUGGCUACAUGUUGUGUACCUUUUUUUUUUUUUUUGAAGCCUUCAGAUAGAAUAAGCCUGCCAUUUCUUGCACAACUUUAUUAGAUUUGUUUUGUUUUUGUGGGGGAGGGUGUAGGCCUGGGUUGGGGAGUGGGAUUGUUAGGUUGGAUUAACAUUACAAAAUGAUACAGUGCCAGAUCUCAGUUUGCAUAUUAUUUUUCAGGGCAGGUCUGUACUGUGUGUAGUGCUGUUUACAUGGUUGAAUUUAGGUUGUAAUAAUUAUUUUAAAAGAUUUACACAGAUAUGAAUAUAGCAGUGUUAACUGUUAGCCACAUUGCAUUAAUUUCCAGACAGUUUGGAGCUCUUGGAGAGCUAAGGCCACGAGCAGUGGAGAGCAUCUGCACCCACCCCACCCCUUUAAGCUAAUUUAUCCAAAGCCCUGUGUCCCUCACUUCAUGCUCAUUCCUCCUUUGACCUAUUACAUUUCAUAUUUAACUCCGCUAUCAUCAUGCUGUACCUGUCGGUCAAGUGAGCAGUUUUGUUUUGUUUUGUUAGAACACAUUGUACUGAAAACCACUUAAGCAUUGAAUGCAGAGAAAGCAGUGCUACCUCAGUUUUGCUGGAAGUAGACUUCUUUGAUAGUUUUCUUUGAUGUUUUUGUAUUUUCAUGUCAUAAGUGGAAAUACUUCUUUUCCCCCACUUUUCAUUUGUCUCGGAGCCAAAGUUUCCGUUCUGGGUGGUGAGAAAAGUGUGCCUGCCAGCCAGCUGACCUGGAAGAAAGCUGUGGCCUGGAGCUCUGCUUCAAACUGUUUUUCCUUUUUGUUGAGUAUCAUUAGCUUACUUGUCUGGCAAGUGCAGAAGCCCGAGACUGGCCUGAACUCUGCCAAACAAAUUAUCCAUGUGUAUUGAAUCAUUAAAUGUGUGCCCUCCCCCUUUGCUGCACCCACGUUGUCACUUAACCCCCAGGAGUUAUUUAUUAUCUUUUUGUUAAUGUCAAGCUCAUUUGGGGUAAUGUGAUGACUGUUUAGGUUUACAUGACCCUCUUCUCUUUCCCUUACCCCCAGAUAUGUAUAUAUACAUAUAUAAGAUAUGUAUAUAUUUUACCUUUAUAAAAUAUAUAUAUAUACACAUAUAUGUAUCUAUAUCCCUUUGUCUGCUAAAACUGGCCAUGAAAGAGGGAGUUGCCUUCAAUCUGUAGUGUUAAGAUGCCAAGGAGCAUCAUAAAUGGAGGCUGUUGUAUAUUAAUUUAGACUUUUUCACUAAAAAGAACAUGAAUGAAUUUGCUCGCAGGAAGGAGGAACCAGUUCUCUACACUCUAUGCUCACUCUAUAAGGCCAGCUUUGGUCAAGCUGCCACUGGGGCCUGAAGAAAGAGCUGACUCUGUCCUACCUUGUUCCACUAAAGUACCAUCUUGAUAAUUUCCCCUUAAAAAAUAUCCUCAAAAAUGUACUGGAAGGUGGGUGGCAGGAGCUUGUACAGUUCAGCUUCCAACAUUUCCAACAGAUUUAAAAGGGAAUCUUUUAAUAAAUAAAAGUUACAAAAAUAUUUAUACUCUUGAUACAAUGAAAAAGUGUCUAUUAAAUAUUUGGAAUUUUCUCCCUUGAUUAGUCUGCCCCAAAUCCUGGGUAUGUUUCUCAACCUGGGUAAGAAUUGCAUGCUUUGAGUUCUUCAUGAAUCUUAUAGCUCUGGGCACUUAUCUUUAUAAAGAUGAUUAUUUAAGGAGAUGACAGUCAUAUUGCCUAAAGUUGGUAUUGACACAGGGAACGUUUUUGUAAGCCUCACAGUUGUCCUUUCUUGAGGGAUGAGGUGAUGAGUAUCAGCAACAGACUUAAGAAGAUAGUGCUGGAAGGCCCAUGUGGCUGCUGGACCAGAUGUGCCCCUUUCUUCUAGUCAGAAUAAGAUGAAGUCCUUGAGUAAGAAUUCAGGAGCCCAGCAGUUUCUGAGGGCACAGUUGCAUUAUAGCAUUUGGAUAAGAUCUCAUCUAGCCAGUUAGUUGUUCCUAAUUCAGGAUUAGAUAGAAGAAGUCCGAUGAGGGAAGAGAUGGAGUCAGGUAAGACUUUCUGUCCCAGAUAAGAAAGGGUAUAUGGUGGGGAAGUGCCAAGAGAAGGAGUCCACCAAGGGACCCAUGGACUCAAGGAACUAGAUUCCUUCCCCACUGGGCAGUUUUGUUUUUUUUUUUUUGUGUGUGUGUGUGUGUGUGUGUGUGUGUGUGUUUUGUUUUUUGUUUUUAACUGCUCAGUUUCUCUAACCCCAGCCAUUUAGAAAUUAUUAUAUUUUUAACCAUCUGUUGUUGAGAAACCAGAGACAGGAACAGUCAGGGAAGGACUUUGGGUUCUCUGUGUAGUGGUUUUGCUUUGCCAAGAGAUUCUCAGUGAGGUAUAAGGUUUCUGGGAAACAAAAGCCUCAGUUUCACUCAGCUUCAGAUAGGCUUGCUGCUUAUUGGGUGGAUGAGCAGUGGCUGGGAGCCAAACUGCCCUUCAGGUAAGCUAGCUUUGUGGCUCGGGCGAUGUGGGCAGGUGUGAUAUGUGGGUGCCAUUUUGAAAUUCUGCAACGUCUAAGCAUUACUACACAGACUGAAUAUGUUGGAAAUUGCUUACUUUGGGCAAGUGACUUUUUGAGUUUCCAUGGUAAUUCUUUAGUAACUUAUUAGCAAGCUGAUGAGAUAAAACAUUACUUUAUUGAUUUCUUUCCCCUAGUCUUCCUUGCCAAACUUGAAUGUAUCAUUCUUAAUGACACUUUGGUGUACUUCUAGGGGUGCCUCAGCAGUUCUCUCUUCACUGUAGCAGAUGUGCCAACAUGUAUGUUGGGCCCAGAAGUCUGUAUGUACCUAUCUGAUAAAGAAGUCUCCAGAGCUGGCUGUAAAUCCAAAUUUCAGCCAAAGCUUUGGACCAAGGGAAAGAUAACAGAAAAUGUGCAAAGCAGUACUGUUCAUAUUAGAUGGGCACAGUGAAGAAUUAUGAUGCACACAGAAUUAGCUUGAAACAGUAAUGUCUCAUAGGGUCUGGUCUCUAGGCCAGAUUAGGUUAUGGGACCACAUAGAGUAUGUACUUAGACUACACAUUGGUGGGAAGUCCCUAAGACUUAUUCAAAAACUAACAAAGCAGAAGAUGUGUGUAUUGGAAUGUAUAGUCUGCUGUAUUUCAAGUGGGGUCUUCAGUGCAGCAGGUAGACCUAGUUAUAUAGUUAUAUAAGGGAUGGAAAGAGAACUACUGUUAUAAAGUUUUCAUUUCCCCCACACUGCUUCCUUUAGACUUAAUCUCCUAUAUAUGUUAGGAUGGCUAGUGAUGACCUUAACAUCUUGGUAACUGACAAAGGUCUUACUUGGAGGACUGAAGCAGUAUUUAGCUUAAAUACUUGAAAGAACAAAAUUAUCAAAAUAUGUUGAUUAGGGUUUAAGGUCAUGUGAUACUGAUCUUUUCUUCUGGGUCAUGUAGAAGGUAGGUUCUUGCCACACUCUUAUUCAGUUUCUUUGGUAAGGUGUAAUUGCAGCCCAUACCAGUUUGACCUGGCCCAGGACUAUAUGCUGGGAAUGCUCCCCAGGAGUCCCCCCUGCCCCACCCUCCACCCUUUUUUCCAGAGAAGGAUGCUUGAGGAUUGGGCACAGAUGCUGAGGUCUGAUUAGCUGAAAACUCAAGUUCUUAUUCAGGUGUUGGGGCAUCAUGUUCUGUUUUCUCCUGGAAACCCAGCCUGCUCUCAUAAAUACCCAAAUCCAUCACAUAUCAUGAGCAUUGCCAAAAGAAGCCAUUCAGCAGCUGCUGUUUUUCUCUCAGCACAAAUAUAUUUGCUACAGAAGAAUUAUCUUUUCUCUAAUACUGGUCCCCAGUCCUCAGAAUCUGUUAACUGCUCUUCCCUGCUGCACUGAAUAUGGUUCUAGGUUUUGAAGAGGGAAUUUGAAGCAAUAGGCAAACAGGGCUUGAUGGACUGGUCUUGCAUAUAUCCUGUCUUAAGCCGCUGAGGUGAUGAGUCCACUGCUCAUGUGACCCUCCACCUUUGUAGAUCCCUCUUGGUUUGUGACCUGUGUACGUUUCUUGAGGUUGUACAAAUUUGACAAAAGUUAAUACUUUUGUAUUCUCUGCACUGUUGCACUCUUCAAAAAGCCCCCUGAAUAUUAACUUGAUAUACACA